CCCCUCGGGCCGCCCGCGGCCCUCAGCAGCCGGCCCAGCAGCGGCCGCUCCCGCAGGAGGCCGCCCCUGCCGCAGGCACAGCCACGGCCCGGCUCUCCCCGAAGGGGAGGGACCAAACUUUGCCUUACUUUUCAGCUGAGACAAUCUUUCUGGGGGAAAUCUUCUCUGAGCCUGGAAAACAAGUUUCUGGCACGGAGCCAUGCCCAACAAAGCCUGCGCGUCGCCGAGGUGCUGGGCCGUGCCCCCGGUAUGGCAGGGACAGGCUCAUGUCUGGGCUGCCUGUGUGUGAAUUCUGAUCUCCCGGCUGGGUCCGGGUCCAGCAGCAGGAAACCCACGAGGAAAUUCCCCCGGGUGGGUUGCAACACCCCGUGGAGGAGCUGCAAUGCCCGUGGUGGGGCGAGCAGUGGGGGACGGCGCUUUGGCUCAAGGCUCCUUCCUGAAGAGUCCAGCAUGACAGAGCUCCAUGAAGCUGUGGCUGUGGGUGACUAUGACCUGGUGGAAAAGAUUUUGAAGGCAGGGCACUGCGACCCAAACCAGAAGGAUGCUGACUGGAAUGACAGGACCCCUCUGCACUGGGCUGCUGCCAAAGGGCGGCCGGACCUGCUCAGGCUGCUGGUGGCUCACGGCGCCCGGCCGUGCCUGCGCAGCGCUGUGGGCCGGACCGCCGCUCACUUCGCUGCCGAGGCGGGCGAGCUGCGGGUGCUCCGCGCCCUCCACUCCCUGCACGCCGCUAUGGAUGCCGCCGACCUCUUCGGAGACACUCCCCGGAGGCUCGCGGAGAUCUACGGACACCGGGAGUGCUCCAAAUUCUUGGAAAAAGCAGAGGUGGAAAGUAGGAACUACCAAAGGAAAGCUGCACUGAGAAAAAUCCCCUUAGACCAGAGAGAUGAAGACUGGGAACUCAAGAAAGAAGAUCUUCGGAAAAAUCCACCAUGUUUUUGGGAGAAGUGCACAACCUCUAUUCAAAAGAAAAACAGGAAAAAAAAGGGGAAGCAGUGGUGAGCCCUGCCUGUUUGGUGACUCCAAGUGCUUGCAAAGGCACUGGCAGACCUCAGGUGGAUCUCCAGAGUGAUAUUGGGCUGAAUGGAAGAAGCAGAUGGCUACAAGAGUGCAUCCUUAGAGAUACACUGUAAACAAUUUCCUUAAGAGCUAGAUGUUCUUCAGCCUCUCUCUGAGUUUAUAUUUAUCUGAUCUUAAAUUAAAAUAAAAACAACCAAAGAAUGUUUAAAUAUACCAAUAUUCUAAAUCACUGAAAUGUUUAAAGUUACUGCGAUGGCAGCAAUUACCCAUAUUCAGGGUAAUUACCCAUGUCAGGGAAAAAAAUAGUCUUGAUCCUACCUGAUUCACAAAAGCAUCUUGCACUGUGGUUCUGCUUGCUCUUCUGAUGUCUGUGGGCCUUUGCUUCUUUGCUUCUGUCACUGAGUCAACAAGGAGCCUCUAAAUGGACUGGCAGCCUCUGGUGAUGCCAGUCCCUUUUAUUGAAAGCGGGAUAUAGUUGCUUUUUCUGGAUGAAGAUGAGAUGUUAAUGUUGAGCUUUCAGUGGACACAUGGGUCCAACAGACUGAAUCUUCCAUUCCUGGCUCAGUGAAAGGGAAAAUGUGCUCCCUCCUUGCUCCUUUCAGACAGCUGCAACUGCCAAGGAUAUUGAAGAGCUGUUCGUUUUUUUAGCAUUACCCCAUCCAUUUUUGUGUCUUUGCAAAUAGGAAUGUUGUGCAACUGGUCCUUAGCCCUGCUUCUGUUCAUCAACACUUUCAAUGGCAAAAACAUUUUUAACACUUUCACUUCUUGGUAAUAAAAUUUGGAAUGUGACCCAGAGCAGUUUUCCACACUGUGCCAGCACUGUGCAGCCAUUCCCAUUGACUUCUGACAUCUCUCAUGUCACAGCUUCUCCAAGCUGGGCA